GGGGCGAGGAGGGAGGCUCCACACCGACCCCUCCCGAGCAGCUGGUGAGCGCUGUGCGGAGACGGGAUAUGUGGCUUUCACUUUCUCUUCUUCAGAAAGCUUAGGGAAAAGGCUGAUCGGGGUUGCCGCUGUAAUAGGAGGCAGUGCCGAGGAAAAAGGGGUGGGUGUUUCCAGGGAUAUCAGCAACGUACUCGACUCUUUUUUUUAUGUUUUUAUGGCAACAGUCAUGGAUGAGUUAGCUGUGGAAGUCCGGGGGACCGGUGGAGCUUUUUACAAGGCAUUUGUGACGGAUGUACAUGACGAUUCUGUGACUGUAACGUUUGAGAAUAAUUGGCAGCCAGAGAGACAGAUUCCCUUCAGCGAUGUAAGAUUCCCUCCACCUUCGGGAUUUCAGAAAGACAUAAGUGAGAGCGAUGAAGUAGAGGUAUGUGCUGUUUAUUCCAGAGCAAAUGACAAAGAGCCCUGUGGUUGGUGGCUUGCGAAAGUCAGAAUGGUGAAGGGAGAGUUUUAUGUUAUAGAAUAUGCCGCUUGUGACGCUACCUACAAUGAAAUUGUCACAAUAGAGAGGUUGCGACCCAUCAACCCAAACAAGCCAGCAACGAAAGACACCUUCCUCAAGAUCACAAUGGACGUGCCCGAUGACUUGCGCCAAAUGUGUGCAAAGGAAUCGGCACAUAAAGAUUUCAAAAAGGCAGUUGGAGCAUUCAGUGUAACAUAUGAUUCAGAUACACAUCAGCUGGUUAUUUUGUCCAUCAGCGAAGUGACAACAAAGCGAGCGACUAUGUUAAGUGACAUGCAUUUCCGAAGCCUGCGCACUAAGUUGUCCCUAAUGAUGAGGAAUGAAGAAGCCAGUAGACAGCUAGAGAGCUCCCGGCAGCUGGCCUCCCGUUUCCACGAGCAGUUUGUUGUGCGAGACGAUCUCAUGGGUCUGGCCAUCGGUACUCACGGGGUCAACAUCCAGCAGGCCAGGAAAGUGCCUGGGGUGACCACCAUCGAUCUGGACGAGGAGACCUGCACUUUCCAUAUCUACGGAGAGGACCAAGAAGCAGUAAGAAAAGCUAGAAGUUAUUUGGAAUUUUCUGAAGAUGCGAUAAAAGUACCAAAAUAUUUAGUAGGAAAAGUUAUUGGGAAAAAUGGAAAACUCAUUCAAGAGGUCGUGGAUAAAUCCGGAGUAGUUCGUGUUCGAGUUGAAACUGAGAAUGACAAAAAAAAUCCACAAGACGAAUUACUGCAGGGCAUGGUAUCGUUUGUGUUUGUUGGAACAAAGGACAGCAUCUCCAAUGCACAAGUUCUUCUGGACUAUCACCUCAAUUACUUGAAGGAGGUAGACCAGCUCCGUCUGGAGAGGUUACAGAUUGAUGAGCAGCUGAGACAGAUCGGGGCAGGGGGUUCCAGGCCCCCAGCAAGCCGCUCCGAUAAAGACAAGACUUUCAGCACUGACGAGAGCGUGGGCCCAGCCCGCGGAGGAAAACCCUACAGUGGGAGGGGCCGUGGUAAACGUGGGCCGAGCUAUACGUCAGGCACCAACUCUGAAGCCUCCAAUGCAUCUGAGACUGAGUCUGAUCACCGGGACGAACUUAGCGACUGGUCACUGGCACCAGCGGACGAGGAGAGAGACGGCAUCCCUCACCGUGGCGACAGCCGCAAGCGGGGAGGAGGGGGCAGAGGCCGAGGGGGCCGAGGCCGGGGAGGGUACAAAGGAAAUGAAGAAAUGCAGUGGAACGAAACACGGCAGCGCAACCCUAAAGACCCCAAGUCCAGGCCUCCAGAAGACUCUUUGCAGAUCAGAAUUGACAACAACAAUGAAAGGAGCGUGCACACUAAAGCAUUCCAAGGCCCCUUCACUGAGGGUGACGGCAAUGGCAGCAACCGGCCGCGGCCAGGCAGGGAGCGCGCUCUGAAGAAGGACAAGCCUGAGACAGAGAGCCCCCUGGUGCUGCUGAACGGAGUGUCGUAGAGGCUCUGAUCUGUGUCACAUGUUCUGUAAUGUUUCAUUAAUCCAGAAGCUUCUUCAUUAGAGAAAGGUGUUAGGCCAAAGAGAUUUGGAUCAGUAGGGCUGAGGCAAGACAUGAAAUAAGCACACUGUUUAAUUGUGUUUAAAAAUUUAAUGACUUCUUGCAGCAGGUACAGAGGGUGAGUUUGUUUUUGUGUUUUUAGAUUUUUUUUUUCUCUGGGAUUAUAGGGGUGAUGCUGCAGAGUUGUAUCAAUAAAAUACAGCAUGUCGGCUUUUAUUACCUAAAGCUAAAGUACAAAAAGCAUACACUUUUAAAUCUGAUCAUUGUUGUUGUCUGUGCAUUGUGUAACUUCACAAAGCAAUUUUACACCUUUUCCACAUGUAAUUAAUUGAGAAGUGCUUAUGACACUGUUCAUAUGCCAUGAUACUGUUCAUCAUACUACCACCAUGGCACAUGUGUUUCAUGUCCUAUGUCACCUGUGGUCCACAUAGUCUGUUGUGGUGGACUGUGUUACAAUGUGAUGUAACAGCUGUCGCAUCAUUUAUCAAAAAGAAGAUAAAAUCCUGAAUGAUCUGUGCCUUUUUAAUAUAGCUUGGGUGGUAACUUUGUUAUUGGUGGAUGUAUAAGUCAGGGAAGAAGAAUUAGAAAACACUAAUGUAAUAUACUUGUAUGUAGAGAACUUGUUCAACCAUAAAACAAUCUUUCUUGAAGAGUGCAUGCUUUUCAUAUUUUUUUUUUUUUUUAAACAAAAUAAAAAAGCAUCCAUCAAGGCAGCAGAAUCUUCUUGUUUUUGCACUGAAGUCUUAUAGAAUAGUGUUAUAAAAAGAGGGAAGGUUUUUUUUUUUGUUUGUUUUUGCUUUUUUAUUUUUUUUCAAGCUGGGGUUCUGUCCUCUUUGGGAGUUAGAAAGGAGAGUUGAGUAAUGCUAAAGCAGAUCUGCCUCCCAGUGUUAUGGUUCGGAAGUGAUGCACUCAGAUGAAUGUGUGAAAGUCAGCCGCUAAGCAUAAAUGAUUCCAGUUUAUGUCUGAAGUUUUGUCCCAGUUUGUUUCCAAGGGUGAUUGUUGGACGUUUCAUAGGAACUGCUUCUUAACUGUAUUAUCUUGUGUAUCAAAAUAAAAGCAGCGGGGGAAAUGCUAUGUAGCUCAUCAUUCCUCAUUUAAAGGCGUUGUCCUACACUGCUUUUGUGAAUGAGGCCCAAUUCCCAUUACCCCUGGCAGUGUAAGAAUGAGUAAAAGUUCAGGAUUGCCUGGUUGUAUUGCACCCCUUUAGUGUUUCUCAACAAGAAAUUGUUCAGUGGUGCCGGCGUCUCCAGAGCAGGAGGACGGAUAUAUUCAGUUUGGUUCAAAUUAUUAAUGGGAGCACUUCUUCCUAGUUGAGUGGGACUGAUAAUGUGCAGCUGCUUUCGUUGAGCAGCAGUAAUGCUGUGAGGUAGGAAGCCUUAAGGUCAUUAUAAGAUGCACUGUGACAUUAAAAGUGAUGUUUUAUAUACUGUAUAGAAUAACUGCGAUUUCUAAAUGUAGUCUGGCUUUGGGUUGCACUACGACACUUCACUUAAAAUCCCAAUUCUGUGGUUGGAGUUGGUUGAUAGCACUUGCCCAGCUCGUAAAUACUGCAAUGCCACCUGGCAUGAUUUUCCUCUUGUUUACUAAUUUCUUACUUGGAUUUCAUGUGCAUAAGAUUGCUGAUUUUUAUAUAAAUGUUUCCAGCAUCAUAGGGAUACAAAACAAAUAAUAAAAACAAAGUUUUCCUUGUAGAGUUUUUCGGCACUGGGAAACAAUAAAUCUAGCCUUUUUAUUUAGUGACAUGCAGUUUUGUGUUUUUAUUUUUAAAUACGUUUUACAUACCAAAAAAAUAAACGUUUGUGUAACAUCUGCAGCAGCCUAUGAGGGAGUAAUCUAUCUUGAAAGCUGGUAUUGUGUUCUCAGUGUGGUUUCAAUAUUGCGCAUGUUCUAUCUGUGCUCCCACCAUUACCCCACAUCACCACUUUGUCAGUAACACUGAAGCACAAAAACGAUGAAACAUUGCAACUGCUACUGUCUCUUGGUGUUGUGCUGGUAUUUUUGGAUAAUAAAAGCAUUCUGGUAUUCACAAGUUUAAGGCAUGUGAAAAUGCUAUGUGUAACAAUAUAUUUCUGAUUAAGUACUUUCAAUGAACUUAAUCCCGUGAACCUCUCGCGCGUUUACUGCACAGGUCCAGAUCUGGGGAAGUAAUGUUUUCGAAUCUAUUUUCAAUUUCUGUGUAUCCACCAGAAGUAGUGUAAGAUAUUUAACAUUCUUUAGUAUCUCUAGAUUCAAUGCAAUGCACUUGUGUGUUUCAAACCUUGGUAUUUAUUAUUUGUGUUUACCUGAUGCAUCCAAGUGCAUAGGAAAUCAAUACAUUUGGGUUUGCUGUAUUGCAGUUGCGUACUUUUACUCAGUAAUUAAGAGGUGCUAUGUUGUAAAGAAUAUAUUUUGGGCAAAUUCAGUGAUUGGGCUGCUGAAUCCCAUGUGUGUCACCAGUUUCGUGUAAAAAUAACCCUGAUUUAUUAUUAUUAUUAUUAUUAUUAUUAUUAUUAUUAUUAUUAUUAUUAUUAUUGGAUCAGAUGCAUUAAAUAACCAUAAUUGAAAUGUUGCAGCAGACUGCACUGUUUAAAAAGACAUCAAAUGUCUUCAAAGUGUUGCCAAACAACCAUGUUUUCUAGUUAUUUAUUUUGGGAAUGUAUAGUGGAAAUGAAAUAAUAAUAAUAAUAAUAAUAAUAAUAAAUAAUAAUAAUAUGU